AUGUACGGACUCGUCGCUGUAUAUCUAUCCCAAGCCUGCAAGCGCGAUCCUACAUCACUAUUCUUCUAUCCAAACACUGCGUAUCAAGCGAAAUAUUCGAGGAGAAUAAAAGAAGAAGCGGUGGAAUUCGUUCAAGACUCGAACUACACAGACCUUUUCAUCGCACUGUCAGCGAGCCUACCUACGGUCCUCUGCGUCGGAAUCCCAAGUAUUAUGCGGAACAAUUCGCAAUACCUCCACUACACCAUAGGAUCGCUCUUUAAUGGUCUAUCAGAUACCGAGCGGCAAGAAAUCAUCUUCCUAGUUUUGAUUGCUAAUACAGUACCACGAGUACAUUAUGCGUACGAGCAACCAUGGCUGAAGCAGGUUGUGGAUAUUGUCUUUAAGUACAACGAAACUCUCCCUGGGUACGACGAUCUUGUUGCCCUAGAAGGCAGUAAAGAUUACUGGACGAAGGGUCGUUUAGACUAUACCUUCAUCCUGGAGAGAUGCUCUGAUACCGGUGCCCCUUAUAUUCUUAUUGCUGAGGAUGAUGUGCUGGCCGGUGAUAGAUGGUACCUACAGACUAAGCAGGCUUUACAAUCCUGA